GAAAGUGAAAGCCGUUCUCGUAUGGUUUGGUUGUGGAAUAGAGAGACAAUCUUAAAGUAGUGGGUUCCUGUCCUGAAUGGAUUUUCUGUCUGCAGUUUCUCAGUUGAAGGCUGAGGCGAGACUGGCAGCGAAGCGGGCGGCCAGAGCAGAGGCACGGGAGAUACGCAUGAAGGAACUGGAGAGACAGCAGAAAGAGAUGUAUCAAAGCCAGAAGGAGGAGAGUGAGAAGUACUCCUCCCGUCCUUCACGGAGACACACGUCGAUCUCAGACGAUGAGGAACGGAUGUCUGUGGGGAGCCGAGGAAGCCUUAGGGUGGAGGAGAGAUCAGACAGGGACUUCCUGGAAAAGGGUUCCAGGACUGCCUCUACCCUCUCAGCAGCCACUCUAGCAUCGCUGGGCGGGCCCUCCUCUCGCAGAGGCAGCUGUGACACCUCUAUCUCAGUAGAGACAGAGGCCUCCAUUCGAGAGAUAAAGGACUCCCUGGUGGAGUCUGAGGAGAAGUACCGUAAGGCCAUGGUGUCCAACGCCCAGCUACACAACGAGAAGUCCAACCUCAUGUACCAGGUGGACACGCUGAAGGACUCGCUCAUUGAGCUGGAGGAGCAGCUGUACGAGUCUAAACGAGAGUACAACGACAAGGCCAAGGAGUUUGAGAGGGAGAGGCACGCCCACAGUGUUCUGCAGCGCCAGUUUAACGAGAUGAGAGAGACGCUGAAACAGAGUGAAGAACUGCUAACCGAGGUGGGCCAGCUCCGUCUCAAACGGGACAGCUGUGUUAGGGAGAUCUCCGACCUGCAGGAGACCCUCGGAUGGAAGGAGAAAAAGAUUGGGGCCUUAGAGAGGCAGAGGGAAUUCUCAGACGCCGGCGUGCGGGAUGAGCGGGAUAAGCUCAGGAUCAGGUGGUCCACCUCAAAGACACUCUGAAG